AUGUCUGACGAGCAUAAGCAGCGGAAAGUGAAGGGAGGGAGGGCCUUGGAGACUCUGGCCCAUUUGGUUCUUAUGGGGCUGGCUCUGUUUGGGUGCGUUUUGAACGCAAGAAGGCUGUGCGAGCGGAAGGAAAGGGCAAUUUCCGAAAACGUCGAGACGUUCAAGACGAACUUCUCGGAAAUUCUCAAGGAGGUGUGCAGAGGCAGAAGGCCAGGUGGAAAAAAAACUCUGAGGCUUUUCUUCCCUAAUGUAGAAAAGGAAAGCGAUGAGAUCUCUCAGGCCUCUGAUGACGAACCAAUAAUAUACAUGAACAAACAACAGUCAGACCACCUGGACCUGAGCGAUUCGCCAAUAGCAAUGAUGCUGGCGCGGUGGAUGUCGUCGAAGAUAGCGAACCCGUUUUUGUUCGGGUUCAAAAACCUUGCGCUCGACCUGUCCGAAUCCAUGGACCACCUGUACAAGAUGCAUGGGUACACAGAGGACUUCAACCACAUGCCCAUCGUUCGAAAAAAAAUGAACAGCUUUUUCCGAGGAGAGCUGAAGAUUGAAGAAGCCGUAGUAGCGAUUGACAUGUUCUACUUUUUCAUGCUGGACGUGCAGAAUCCCAUAAACAUAAAGGCGCACAGAAGGAAAAGUGUUCCGCUGAAGGUGCCUUUCAGCAAAGAUUACGUGAUUUCAAUGUGCUACUUAGGCGAAGCUGCAACAUGCGUGCUGGGAAAGCGGGUUGAAGCGUUGCAGUUCAACCCAAUGCCGCUGGUGGUGACCAAGGAGGAUUUUUCCAAAUCAAUGAUAAGUAGGAUCUUUACGAAAAUUAAUCAAUAA